GUUGCUGCAAUACAACACGGUGAGCUUUCCCUAAAACACACGCCGCUGCCGCCACCCCAGCAGCAGGAAUGCGCUCCUCCACCAGUGCCAUGAUGGUUAGCAUGUUGCAUCUUCUGAUGUUCUUGGCUACUGUGCCGCAGGCAUGGGCCGCUGUCCAUGGAGUCGCCAGAGGGGGUGGUGGGCUCUUGCAUAUCCCUUCCGUUGCCUCCCUGGCUCACUGCCACUCCCAGUGUGGGAACAUCAGCAUCUCCUACCCCUUUGGGAUAGGGCCCGACUGCUUCCGACAGGGCUUUGAGCUCACCUGCGACACCACCACUCGUCCUCCCACUUUGUUCUUGGGAAAUAGUACUACUCAGAUCACUUACGUUGAUGACGAUGCAGUUGGAGUUGUUGCUUCUGCUAUCGGAUUCAACAUCACCUUGAUCCCAGGGGUGCACACCUACAACAGGACAUGGGAGGCCCCUGUUAAGGGCUUCAUGCUCGGUGAAGACAGCAGUUUGUAUGUUGUGGGCUGCGAUGUUGACCUCUACUUGCUUAGCCAUAAUACCACCGAUAUCAUUGGUGCUUGCACAAGUUCUUGCGCAGACAACAGACAGACCAUGGAGAAUACAAAUGCGGAGAGCUGUCAAGGGAAUAAUGGCUGCUGCAGCAUCUGGUUGCAACAGGACCUACAAGCCUUUUGGCUCAAACUUGUUCGCCAUGACGGGGCAGUGGCAGAACCAGAAGAAGUGCUCCCUAAUGUCAAGGUUAUCAUGUCACAGUAUUAUGAUUUCCAUACAGAUGAUCUUUACUCGAGUUGGGUAAAUUCAAGCAAUCUGCGAGGUGUGUGGCUUCAGACUCCCAUCAUGGACCAGCCAAGCUGUGGAAGUGCCCAAAUAAAUAAGGACAAUUAUGCUUGCAAUGAUGAAAGCACUUGCAGAAAUCUACUGCCCGGGAAAGGCUACUAUUGCUCAUGCAACAGCCUCAUGGAUGGCAAUCCCUACAUUCGGGAUGGAUGCAUAGCAGCUUACAAUCCAAAGGUCAAAGAGGACUGUACGAAAUCAUGUGGAAACAUGACAAUUCCAUUCCCUUUUGGGUUUGAAGCAGGUUGUUUCGGAAAAAGUAACUUUCGACUCAACUGCACAGCAAAUAAGAUCACUAUUCUGGACCGUGGGUACGCACAAUAUCGUGUGACUAAAGUGUCACUUGAUAAUGGUUCUCUAACUGUUAGUAACAUGUUGAACAACACAAGCUCUAACAACGCACAGAUAACAGCCUAUACAGCUCAAUAUAAAGAUCACGCCGUGUACGAGGGCCAAGCUUUUGAAGAUCUUUUUGAUUUCUCUAAAGAGGACGAAAUUAAAAUAAGGUGGGUCGUUGCCAACUUAACUUGUCAAACAGCUACAAGAAGUGCUACGUACGCGUGCAUCAGCAACCACAGCAGUUGCGUACAUGUCUAUCGUGGAAAAAUAUUUCUUGGAUAUCGGUGCAAGUGUAAUAACGGCUUCCAAGGAAAUCCAUACCUCGAACUCGAAGAUGCCUGCACAGAUAUCAACGAAUGCUCACUGCCAAAUUACUGCAAUGAGACAUGCCAGAAUUAUGAAGGAGGGUACAAAUGCACUCCGUACAAACGCAACCUUCUUCUAGGCAUUGCCAUUGGAAUCGGUUGUGGCCUUGGUUCCAUAGUCAUUGCAUUGGGAGCAGCUGUACUUGUAAAUAAGUGGAAGAAAGGCAUCCAAAAGAGAAUUAGAAGAGAAUACUUCAAGAAAAAUCAAGGCCUACUCUUAGAGCAGCUAAUCUCGGAUGAAAGCGUCACAAACAAAACAAAGAUAUUCUCCUUGGAGGAACUAGAGGAGGCAACCAAUAACUUUGAUGCUACUCGUGUUCUUGGUCGUGGAGGGCAUGGCACAGUUUAUAAAGGGAUUCUAUCUGAUCAGCAUGUGGUGGCUAUAAAAAAAUCCAAAAUUGUGGAGCAAACUGAAAUAGACCAGUUUAUCAACGAGGUUGCUAUCUUGACUCAAAUCAUCCAUCGCAAUGUGGUGAAACUUUUUGGUUGUUGUUUAGAAGCUGAGGUGCCCUUGUUAGUUUAUGAGUUCGUAUCCAACGGUACUCUCUAUGAUCUUCUUCACACAGAUAUUACUGUAAAAUGUAUCCUGUCAUGGGAUGAUCGCAUAAGGAUUGCAGUAGAAGCAGCGGGAGCACUUGCUUAUCUGCACUCUGCAGCUGCCAUACCAAUUUUCCACAGAGACGUGAAGUCUUCCAACAUACUACUAGAUGACAGCUUCACCACAAAGGUUUCGGACUUUGGUGCUUCAAGAUCUCUGUCACUCGAUGAAACUCAUGUGAUGACAAUUGUCCAAGGAACAUUCGGUUACCUAGAUCCAGAGUACUAUCAAACUGGCCAACUAACUGAGAAGAGUGAUGUAUAUAGUUUCGGAGUAAUACUUGUGGAACUUUUGACAAGAAAGAAGCCGAUUUUUAUCAAUGAUUCAGGUUCAAAACAAAGCUUGUCUCAUUACUUCAUUGAAGGAAUUCAAGACGGAGCUUUGAAGGAAAUAAUAGAUUCAAACAUUGUGGAAGAGGCAGACCAGGAAGAUAUUGAUGAUAUUGCCUCACUUACAGAAGCAUGCUUGAAGAUCAAAGGAGGAGAUAGACCAACUAUGAAAGAAGUAGAGAUGAGAUUGCAGUUCAUAAGAACUAAGAGGCCGAGAAGAACACAAAAUUUGCAUGGAAACGAUGGAGAGAUUGAGGCUUUGUUAAGCCCAAAUGCUAGGAACCACCAUGAACAUAUCAAUCUUGUCAACGAAGCCCAUUUAACAUCGCAAGGAAUCUCUGGGUGCUACAGUCUGGAACAAGAAUUUGCGUCCUCAAUCAGUUUGCCACGCUAACUAUAUAUGUGGAACAUAGCUGAGGGCUUGCUAGGAUGCAUCAGUGAAGAAUUAUAUUUGCUAUGUUUAGUUCCCUUUGGACUUGGCUGUUGUUGUUUUUUAGGGUUACUUGGUCGUUGUUGUUGUUCCCUCGUUGCAUUUCCUAUGUAUUUACAAAAUGCAUUGUACACCAUGUCACUUAUAUUCUUUUAUUAUC